CAAAUGCUGCUCAAGAUGCUGCUUUUCCCAGCACUGCUGAGAUAAGCCAGUGCUCUCCCCUAUAAAGGCAGCCAUAAGCAGAGCAAGGUGCAUGAAUGCAUGCACCUGAACUAACCAUGCUUGGGAAGGAGCUGGUGGCAGUGGCACUGGUGACUCUCAUCGCUGCCGGCGGGGCAGAGCUGAAUGAAGGCAAUGGCCUAAGAAGGCCAGUCUGUGGAGACAUGGUCGAGCUGCAGGCCUGCCCACUCCUGCACUUGCCUGUCUGUGGCACUGACGGGAACACCUACGCCAAUGAAUGCCAGCUCUGUGUGCAGCAAAUGAAAACCAGACAAGAUAUCCGGAUUUUGAAAGACGGGGAGUGUCAAGAUAUCUGAGCUUUCUAGUAGCUUUUCUGAGCCUAAAAACAGGUGAUUAAUUGAGCCUGUGUGCUCUGUGUUGAUUGCACAUUUAAGUUAGCAAUGGUAAAUAAUAAAAUGAC